AGAUAUUACAAAAAUUCAGUUCAAGGUUCAAAGUAUCGUAUUUUCUUGACUUGACUGAACUUCGGACGUUAGAUUUCUUUUAUACACUGAAGAUUAUGGGACCAUUAAUGUGAAUGAGUUCUCUAUAUAAACUUGUAACUUUGUACCAGACCUACAUAGCAGUUUCAUAAUUUCUCUGGCAAUGGUGUCUCCAAGUGUAAGCUUGAUCAUUGUCCUAUUUUGCUCUCUGUUUGUCAGUUGUUUGCAGGCAAAGCCAAGCUUAGAAGUCGAAAGUGAAGCCUUGAAGGCCUUCAAGAAUGCCAUCACUGAUGACCCUUUAGGAGCACUUGCAAAUUGGACCGACACAAACCAUCUUUGCAACUGGACUGGCAUCGCUUGUGAUCCUUCCUCCAAUCUUGCCGUUUCGAUAUCGCUUGUGGACAAGCAGCUUGAAGGCCAGAUAUCUCCUUUCCUUGGAAACCUUUCAGCUCUCCAGGUUCUUGAUUUAACUUUGAACUUUUUCUCCGGGAGUAUUCCAGCUCAGCUGGGGCAAUGUUCCCAGCUUUCUCAGUUAGUUCUAGUCUCUAAUUAUCUUUCUGGUCAAAUUCCAGCAGAAAUAGGAGACCUUCAAAAACUACAGUUAGUAGAUUUAAGUAAUAAUCACCUGAAUGGAACUAUACCUGAAAGCAUUUGCAACUGCACAUCUUUGUUAGCAGUUGCUCUCAUAUUGAACAAUCUUACUGGCACAAUCCCUCAAAACAUAGGAAAUUUGAUUAGUCUUCAAAUGUUGUAUCUUUACACCAACAAGCUAGUAGGUUCAAUACCAGCUUCUAUAGGUAGACUGGAAGCUUUGCAGGAUUUAGACUUGAGUCAAAACAUGUUGUCAGGAACAAUACCUCCAGAGAUAGGAAAUCUGUCAAACUUACAAAAUCUUUUGCUGUUUGAAAAUUCAAUUGGGGGAAAAAUCCCACCUGAACUAGGUCGUUGUCAAAAGCUUCUCAGUCUUGAACUAUAUAGCAAUCAGUUCACUGGAAGCAUUCCAUCUGAGCUUGGAAAUUUAGUUCACUUGGAAAAAUUGCGUGUCUAUGACAAUAGGUUGAAUUCCACAAUCCCACUUGCCUUGUUCCAGUUGAAAUCAUUAACACGUUUAGGACUUUCAGAAAAUGAGUUAACUGGCACAGUGCCUCAUGAGAUAGGUUCUUUGAGGUCAUUACAAGUAUUGACCCUGCAUUCCAAUAAGUUUAGUGGAGAGAUUCCUUCUUCCAUAACAAACUUGACAAAUUUAACAUACUUGUCAAUGAGCUUUAACACCCUCACCGGGGAGCUUCCAUCAAACAUUGGAUUGCUAUAUAACUUGAAAAACCUGACCAUGAAUAACAAUCUUCUUGAAGGAUCCAUUCCAGUCAGUAUCACCAAUUGUACCCAUCUUGAAGUUAUAGGUUUAGCCUUUAAUAGGAUAACGGGGAAAAUUCCCAACAGUUUGGGACAAUUGCGAAACCUAACAUUCCUAUCCCUGGGGACAAACAGGAUGUCAGGAGAACUUCCUGAUGACCUUUUCAAUUGCUCAAAUCUUCAAACUCUAUCCUUGAGUGAGAACAAUUUUAGUGGAUUACUAAAACCAGGUAUUGGGAAUCUCUAUAAUCUCAAGAUUUUGGGAACUGGCAUGAAUUCAUUUGUCGGGCCAAUCCCACCGGAGAUUGGCAAUUUAAGUCGCCUCAUGUCCUUAUCUCUUCCAGAAAAUAGCUUCACAGGACUUCUUCCACCGGAAUUAUCCAAGCUUUCUCUCCUUCAAGGACUCUCUCUACGUGACAAUGGCCUCGAGGGUAUGAUACCUGAGAAAUUAUUUGAUCUCAAGUAUCUAACAUUUCUUUAUUUGCAGCUCAACAAGUUUACUGGUUCAAUUUCAAAUUCUAUCUCAAAACUUGAGUCGCUUUCAUACUUGAACCUCCAAGGCAACAAGCUUAACGGAUCCAUUCCGAGAAGCUUGGAGCGUCUUGACCGACUUAUGUCCUUGGAUCUCUCUCACAACCAUCUAACAGGAUCGGUUUCUGGAUCAGUGGUAGCAAGUUUGAAGAAUAUACAGAUAUAUUUGAACUUGUCAUACAAUUACUUGGAGGGAAGUAUACCAGUUGAGCUUGGUAUGCUGGAAAUGGCACAAGCCAUUGACAUUUCAAAUAAUAAUUUUUCAGGGAACAUUCCUAAAAUGCUCAAGGGGUGCAGAAACUUGUUCUCUCUUGAUGUGUCAGGAAACAAACUUUCUGGUGAAAUCCCUGUUGAAGUUUUUAGAGGAAUGGAUGUGCUUACAAGCUUGAACCUUUCGAGAAAUAAUUUAGAUGGGGAAAUCCCUGAAGAGCUAGCAAAUCUGAAGAAUCUUAGCUCACUAGACCUUUCUCAGAACAACUUGGUGGGCAUCAUCCCCGAAAGCUUUGCCAACCUUUCCACCCUGAAAACCCUGAAUCUUUCCUUCAAUCACCUUGAAGGCCACAUUCCUGAGACGGGCAUAUUUAGAAGCAUAAACGCAUCUGAUUUGCAGGGAAAUCCAGCACUCUGUGGAACAAAGUUUUUCAAAUCAUGCAGCAUGAGAAGCUCACACCAGCUAUCCAACAAGACGAAGUUGAUUCUCCUGGUACUUGGCUCUGUUUCAAUUCUUCUAGUUUUGGUAUUUGUGAUUUCAAUACUCUAUCGAUAUACAAAAAAGCGUAAAGAAGAAAGGGUUAAGGAUCCAGAACCAGACCUCACUUCGGCAUUAACACUAAAGAGGUUUGACCGAAGUGAACUAGAAAAUGCUACUGGUUCCUUCGGUGAAAAUAAUAUUCUUGGAACUAGCAGUUUGAGUACUGUGUACAGGGGUCAACUAGAAGAUGGGCAGAUCAUAGCAGUAAAAAGACUAAAUUUGCAUCAGUUGUCGGCUGAGUCUGAUAAGUUGUUCUACCGAGAAGCCAAAACCUUGAGGAAGUUGAAGCAUAGGAAUCUGGUGAAGGUACUGGGAUAUGCUUGGGAGAGUGGAAAACUGAAGGCUUUGGUCCUGGAAUACAUGGAAAAUGGAAACUUGGAGAGCAUAAUACAUGAGACUGGGGUGGAUAAAUCAAGGUGGACGAUGUCAAAAAGAAUUGAUGUUUUUAUUUCCAUUGCAACUGCAUUGGAUUACUUGCACUCUGGUUAUGAUUUCCCAAUUGUUCAUUGUGACUUGAAGCCUUCAAACGUUCUUUUAGACGCAGAGUGGGAGGCCCACGUGAGUGAUUUCGGAACAGCUCGAAUGUUGGGUGUUCAUCUGCAGGGAGAAAGUAGCAUUUCCUCAUCAGCUUUUGAAGGCACUAUUGGCUACAUGGCACCAGAGUUUGCAUAUAUGAGGAAAGUGACUACUAAAGUAGAUGUAUUCAGCUUUGGUAUAAUAGUGAUUGAGUUUCUAACUAAACGAAGGCCAACGGGACUCAACGAAGAGGAUGGGAUGCCAAUCAGUUUGUGUCAACUUGUGGAGAAGGCGAUGGCAGACAGAAUCAAUGGGAUUCUUCGAAUCACAGACCCUACACUAGCUAUGAAUAUCUCUGAAAAGCAGGUGAAAGUGCUGGAAGAACUAUUUAAGCUAGCCUUGAUUUGCACCAACCCCAACCCUGAGGAUCGACCUGAUACGAAUGAAGUGUUGUCUUACCUUAUGAAGCUAAUGAAGGAAAGCCAAUGAAAAUCAUUAAUCAUGUUUGAAAAGACUUCUGAAGAGGAUUAACAAAUCAGAAAAUCAGAACCUCACGGAAGAUUUUAAGGUGGGAAGGACUACCAGACUACAGAGGCUAAGCACUAAUUAGCUUGCGGGUAUAGAUAUAUCAGCACCGUUCAAUUCUGUUUAGAUUGAUGUUCUUUUUUCCUCGAAAAGCUUCUGCUGCUUCAAAUAGAUAAAUGGGGAAAAAAAAGUUAAAAUCCUGUAAACGUUAUCAGCAAUUAUACUCAUAGAGUUUCACAUAAUAAUAAAUACAAGUUCAUA